AUGGGCGAGCAGCACCCCGAGAAGGCGCGGCUCCCGACGCCGCUCGUGGCGCUGCUGCUCUGCGGCUUCAGCGUGCUGCAGGCCAUGGCCGCCGCCGCGAGCAAGGAGGGCGGCGAGUACCCCUACAAGGUCGUCGCGUCGACGCUCCUCUCCGAGGUCUUCAAGAUCGCGCUCAGCGCCCUGUGCCUCGCGCGCGAGGUGUGGGGCGCGCCGGACGCGGACCGGCGCCGCGCGCUCUACUUCACGACGAAGACGCUCGCGGCCGCCGCGGUGCCCGGCGUCGCGUACCAGGUGCUCAACAACCUCAACUUCGUCACGCUCUACUACGUCGACGCGCCCACGUUCCAGAUUUUGGGCAAUCUCAAGAUCGUCGCGACGGGCCUCGCGGGCCGCUACCUCCUCAAGCGGAAACUCGAUACCGGCCGCUGGCUCGCGCUCGUGCUCCUCACGCUCGGCGCGGCGUCGUCCCAGGUCGCACCGGACUGCGCCGGCGACGGCGCGGCGUUCCUGCGGUUAGGCGACCGCGCCUACGGCUACGCGUCGGCCGUCGCGUGCGUCGGUCUAAGCGCGACGAUGGGCGUCUUCACGGAGGCGUUCAUGAAGGGCACGCGGAGCUCCAUCCACUUCCAGAACAUGCAGCUCUACGCCUUCGGCAUCGCCGCGAACCUCGCCGCGCUCCUCUACCGCGGCGAGGUCGGCGCGGGCGCGAGCCCGCUCUUCGCCGGCUUCAACGUCUGGGGCAGCGUCGCGACCGUCGCGAACGGCUGCUGCGGCCUCGCCGUGUCCUUCAUGCUGCGCUACGCCGACUCCAUCGCCAAGACCUACGCGUCGGCGCUGACCAUCCCCGCGACGGCCGCCGCGUCCUACGCGUGCUUCGGCACGCCCGUCGGCGCCGCGUCCGCGCUCGGCUCGGGCGUCAUGCUCGCGUCCCUCGCCUUCUUCUACGGCGGCGCGGACCUCUUCGCGCCGCCGGACGCGGGCAAGCUACCGGGGGCCGCGGACCGAUAG